CUCGCGAACCUGAACCUCUCCAACCCCGCGCAGCAGUCCGCUUUCUACAAGUCCCUCCUCGACGCCAACUACCCCCACAUCGUCGUCUCCCGGUACGAGACCCCCGGCAUCGCCGCGGAUGCCGAGUGCACACAGCUCUAUUUGGCUGCACUCCAGAAGGCGGGUAGCUCUGCCAAGGCCGAGUCCGUGGGCAAGCUCGCCAGCUCUGGGGUUGGGAUCCACGGCAGCACUGGCUUUUCCGGCUCUUACGGCUCUCCUAACGCCCCCGUCCACGUGGUGCUCACCGAGUCCGUUUGGAGUAUCCUCUCAAAGUGGCUCAAGUGGGUGAUCACGCUCGGGCUCGUGGCGUACGCCGGCUCACGCCUCCUCACGACACUCAUGGAGGCCGGCAUCCUCAAGAACAACGACAUGAACGACAAGUCGAUCGAUGUGUCGCAGUCGACGGUGACGUUUGCGGACGUGUGCGGCGUUGAUGAGGCACGCGCGGAACUUGAGGAGAUUGUGGAGUUUUUGAAGGACCCGGCCAAGUUCACCGGCUUGGGCGGAAAGUUGCCGAAGGGCGUGUUGCUUACGGGUCCUCCGGGCACCGGUAAGACGCUUCUUGCGCGCGCGACCGCGGGCGAGGCGGGUGUGCCGUUCUUCUUCAUGUCCGGGUCUGAGUUUGACGAGCUCUAUGUCGGGGUCGGCGCGAAGCGCGUGCGCGAGCUUUUUGCGCAGGCGCGUGAGCGUUCGCCCGCGAUCAUUUUCAUCGACGAGUUGGAUGCCAUCGGAGGCAAAAGAAACCCCAAGGACCAGGCCUACGCCAAGCAGACCCUCAACCAGCUUCUUGUGGAGCUUGACGGAUUCUCGCAAACGGAAGGGAUCAUCAUCAUUGGUGCGACCAACUUCCCCGAGUCGCUUGACAAGGCAUUGACCAGACCGGGCCGGUUUGACAAGGAGGUUAACGUGGAAUUGCCAGACGUCAGGGGGCGCGCAGACAUCUUGAGGCACCACAUGCAGAAGGUGGAGACGAGCGGCGACGUUGAUGCCACGGUCAUUGCGCGCGGAACCCCGGGACUCUCCGGGGCGGAGCUCAUGAACUUGGUGAACCAGGCGGCAGUGCACGCGUCGCAGCAGAAUGCGCUUGCGGUCGACAUGGCGCACUUUGAGUGGGCCAAGGAUAAAAUCCUUAUGGGUGCUGCGAAGAUGACGAUGGUGAUGACGGAGGAAUCGCGCGCGAACACCGCGUACCACGAGGCGGGGCACGCAAUCAUGGCGUUGUACACCCCGGGCGCGACGUCGCUCUACAAGGCCACCAUCUUGCCGCGUGGCCGCGCGUUGGGAGUCACCUUCCAGUUACCAGAAAUGGACAAGCAUGACAUUACGCGCAAGGAAUGCUUCGCACGCUUGGAUGUUUGCAUGGGAGGCAAGAUCGCGGAGGAGUACAAGAACGGUGCGGACAACACCACCAGUGGCUGUUCGUCCGACUUGGCAAGUGCGACCGGUACUGCGCGCGCAAUGGUCACACAGUACGGCAUGAGUGAGAAGAUCGGACCCGUGCGUAUGGCAGAUGAUUGGGACUCGUGGUCACCGAAGUUGCGCGACUUGGCCGACCAGGAGGUGCGCCAGAUGUUGAUCGAUUCGGAGAACCGCGCACGCAGCGUGUUGAAGGAGCGCGGCGUUGAGUUGGAACGUCUCGCGCAGGGUUUGUUGGAGUACGAGACGUUGAAUAAGGACGAGAUGGAGAAGGUUUGUCGCGGGGAAAGGAUUAACCGAUCUAGACAUGUCAGCAACACGGUGAUUAAG